CGUCUUUCCGCUCAUCUUCCUCGUGCCGCUCUACUUUAUGAUUGGCUUUGACGCGUCCGACGCGACGCUCUUCUUUAGCUUUUACCUCUUCAUCAUGCUCAUCACGAGUGCGGCGACGGCCCUCGGCUACAUGGUGUCGUGCAUCGGCAAGAACGCGGACGUCGCCAACAUCCUCGGCAUCUUGUUUCUAUUGCCCGGCGUCAUCUUUGGCGGCCUCUUCCUCAACUCGAACGACAUUCCCGUCUACUUCAAGUGGUGCGAGUUCAUUACGCCGCUCAAGUAUGGCUUCCGGGGCAUCUCGCGCGCCUAUUGGAGCACGAUCAAGGACAUCCCUUGCAACCCGGGACAGACGUGCGCGGCGCGCAACGGCCAAGAGGUGCUCGUCAACCUCGGCUUGGACGAUGAGACGCUCUUGUACGACGUGGCUUUUAUGCUCUGGAUCAACGCCGCGUACCGUCUCGUGGGCCUCGGCGCGCUCUACCUCAAGGUCUACAAGCGCAUUUGAUGGUCUUGUUUUGAAAUAUACUACUUUUACUACAUAACAAGCAUUCCUAGUUUUCUG